AUGACUAGUCGCAUUCAAGCAAAGGCCGGUGUUUACUCGGUGAGCAGAGCGGAUUUCACGAAGGCAUUCGAAGAUGUUCCAAAAGUUGUAAGCCUAUUAAUUUUGCUAUAUGACAUGUUGUGGAUUUUGUCAAUUUCAGGUCAUCACAUCGGCUGUCGACCUACGAAACAAGUUCGACACGGUCAAAGCCAUUCUUUCGAACAGUUCGGAAGACUGGAACAAACGGCAGACUGAGCUGAAAACAGUCAGAAGUAUCAUCAUCAACGGAGAGAAACUCGUGGAUCGGUCCCAGAUGAUCUCUUACAUUGUUCAGUUACUCGGAUGUUUCGAGAUGGCAGUCAAAGACCUGCGAUCUCAGGUUCUGAGGGAAGCAGCCAUAACUUGCAGGCAUGAAAAGCAGACUAAAUUCAACGAUUAACAAUAUAAUUUCAGUUUCAUUGUUAGCAAAUAUGGCAUCGAAGUUCACUCGAUCGGAGAGGAUAUCCUGGCUCUGGCCAUGGCCCAAGUCGCUGUUAGUACCAAGAUCAUGGCUACUUCAGCGAGCACAUUGACAGAGUUCAUAGUAGAGGUAAGUCUUCAUUUCGGAAUUGCUGUCACUCCUUGACAUAUUUUCAGUAUAUUCAAACUCGCCAAGUAUUCACAGUUCUCUCAUCUUUCUCAACUUCCAAAGACAAAUCACAACGGAGACAGCUUGCCGCUCUUCUUGAAAUUGUGAUCAGCAAAUGGAGUGAUCGAAUCAAAAAGGUAAGUAGAUUUCUUUGUUUUUUUUACUUAUGAAAAUAGAGUUUUCAGCAAAUAAUGCGACAAAUCUGUGAGCUUAUAAGGUCAGCCAUCAACGACGCGGAUUCGGAGGCGCGGACGGCGGGAAGGAAAGCCUUCGCGAAACUGGACGAAACGCAUCCAGAAGAAGCAGAUACUCUGUACCAGGAGUUGGAUCACGCAAAGCAGAAGAUGUUGCGAGGGGGAGAUGCCGCUUCCUCCUGGGCAAGCGUCAACAGUGACAAAGGAUCCAUUCCCAUCCGAUCGAAGCUCUCGGCUGGCGCGAAAGCGCAUGCUAACAUUAGUGCCAGUGAGUUCAGAUUGCAAAACAUUAAAAUUGUGCUAGUUUUCAGAAUUUCUUGCACAACGGAGCGCUUCUGCAAUUGACACGAAAGCCAUGAAAAUGAACGCUUCAAGGGGAUUAGUCCGUCCGACUUCUACGAAAACAAUGGCCAGACAAGAAACUUCUCCAGCUGGAUGUACGUUUUCAUUUCCGAGCUUACUCGUAAUCAUUUUGAUUCCAGCAAAGAUUGCCUAUCCAAAUCGACCUGGCUCUAGAACCAGAACAUCUUCGAUUACUUCGGCUGACUCUCGCGACACUUCUCCCACUCGGAAGCACUCUCCGUUGCCUCCAGAACUACAAAAAGCACGUGUCCAAUACGGAAACGGCUCUUUCUUUGCAAAACUCGGAAUGCCGGAAGACACCGACGACGACGAGUUUCUGCUUCCGAUUCGGAUUCGCUCGCCCAUGAAAACGCCGUCGGGAGAGAUGAGAGAGACUGUUUCGAGAGCACUAAAAGAGUGCUGCUCCGCGUCGAUGCCCGAGAAGAAAGAAGGAAUCAAGAAGCUGCUGCCGAUUGUGGCGUGAGUGGGAAGAGUUCAAUGAAACAUAAAAUGAGAAAGGGUUUCAGUGACACGAGUCUGAAUGCUCUUGAAAUCAAAAACAUUGGAAACUGUCUGAACCGUCUGCUUGCGGAUGCCUCCAAUCCAAUGCUUCUCGAGAUCUAUUCCAUUUUCGUGCGUACCCACAGCAGCCGUCUCUCCGAAUGGCUCCGUUUGGCACUUGCAAAGUUGUUUGCCAAAAAGGCAGCUGAUACCCUUCCGAACACGCGAAAACAGAUAGGUCACACUUUGAACGUAAUCCUCGAAAGUUUCAACGCUCGUCAUCAACUGGCGACAGUUUGCGAACUAAUGUGUGAUCCCAUACAUUUGAUGGUUCCAAAGGUGAGUCGCAGAGCAGAAACGCCCUCAGAUCAAUCAUGUUUUGACAGGCGAGAGUGGUGCUGCUCGAGUACAUGACAAGUCUUUUGGACGAGUACACGGAACCUGGUGCGGAGAUAAACAUCAAGGAGUUGAAGGGGGCGAUUCGGAAGAUGUUCUCUUGGAUCGGUGAUCAAAGACAGGCGAUGCUGCUGACUCCGCACGUCGAGAAGGCGAUCUGCUCAAUGUUCUGCGUGAACACCGCCGAUUUCUCGGCUCUCCUCUCCGAAUUUGAUGCCGAUCAGAAGAACUGGAUACAUCAAACAUUGCAGAGAAAUGGCCUCGAAAAUGGAAUAAGGUUUGUUGUGCGGCCAUGCAUUCGAGAUGACCCGACGUCCCCAGACGCAUCUUUCUUUUUGCAGUCAUUCCACACGGACGGCAGCCAACUUUUCCGUCAAGCAAGAGCCGACAUCUUUCAUUCUGCCCGAGCUCGGAGCCCGCAAAGGCGCUCCUUGCUCUGCCGUCAAUCUCGGCUCUUUCAAUUCAACGAAUUCAGCACUCAGCAAACUGGAAGAGCAGUCGACGUCACGGUUAAUGGAGAAAGUGAAUGUGAGCGUUUUGUAGAAAUAUUGAGAUUAUUUACCCACUUGGUUUCAGCUGAACUCGACAGUCACUCUGCCGCCGGACACAUUCGAAAAGAUCCAAAAUGUUCAAGAACUACUGCACAAUAUGCGAAAUGCGGAGAAUGCGGACGAGCAGGAGAGUGCCAUUAGCACUAUUUACAUGAUGAUUUGCGACGGAGGAUUCGGUGUUUGGGAUCAAUGCUACGCGAAGCUGCUUCUCAAUAUAUUCGAGAUUCUCUCCAAGAGUCGAUCUGAGAACAACAAGAAAAUGUGUCUCCGGAUUCUGGGAAAGAUGUGCACCGCGCAGGCAUCCAAGCUGUUCGAUUCAACCGAAAUGGCCGUUUGCAAAGUGCUCGAUGCAGCAGUCAACACGAACGACGCAACGACUUCUCUCGCCGUGGACGACUGUCUCCGUACUCUGGCCACUCACCUACCCCUUCCGAACAUCAUCAAUAUAGCGAGAGUGAUUCUGAACCAAGAGCCAAUCGAUGACGUGAGAGCCUCUCUCGUGCUCAAAAUGGUGACGAGACUGUUCGAAGAACUGCCGCCGGACGAACUGCAGAAUGUCGUGGAUGACAUCACUCCGAGUGUGAUUCAAGUAAGCCACUUUCUCGUGUUUACUCAUUCUCAAUACCCCCACUUCCAGGCAUACCAAUCGACGUCAUCGUCAGUUCGGAAGACCGUUGUCUACUGUCUCGUUGCCAUGGUUAAUAAAGUCGGCGAGCGGCGGAUGGAGAAGCAUUUCACGAAGCUUCCCAAGGCGAUGGUAAGGCUUCCCUUCGUAUGACGUAUCUAACGUCCAUCCCUCAUUUUCAGACCAAUCUCAUCCAAGUGUACGUCAACAGGGCAAUCUCGGCGAGUCUCCCUCGAAUGUGA